AUGGAAUCAUCUCGGAGUGAUUUGGAACGGAUCAAGGGACCAUGGAGCAGCGAAGAGGAUGAGCUUUUGGGUAAGUUAGUUGAGCGGCAUGGUGCUCGGAACUGGACGUUGAUUAGUAAGUCGAUUCCAGGGAGAUCUGGUAAGUCGUGCCGUUUGCGGUGGUGUAAUCAGCUUUCGCCGGAGGUUGAGCAUCGGUCGUUUACGGAGGAGGAAGAUAAGGUUAUUGUGGAGGCGCACAAGCGGUUUGGGAACAAGUGGGCGACGAUUGCUAGGUUGCUUAAUGGACGCACUGAUAACGCGGUGAAGAAUCACUGGAACUCGACUUUGAAGCGGAAGAGUUCUGCGGUCGAUGGCGGAGAGGAGCGGUCGGCGAGAGUGCUGAAGCGGUCGGAGAGCGGUGGUGCUGAUGUGACUGUCGCUAUGUCUAUGUCUAUGUCUGGCAGUCCUUCUGGAUCUGACAUCUGCGAUUCAGGUAACAAUAUUCCGUUUCUCUCCAUCGGAAAAAACGAUACAACCUCUUAUGGAUUGAUUGGAUUACAACCGCCGCCAUCGACGGCGUUAACACUUUCUCCGCCGGGAACAAGUUCGUAUGGUUACGAAGUCCGUGAUCAAGCGUCGCCGUUCGGUGCAGAGAUUCUUUCAGUGAUGCAAGAGAUGAUCAGGAAAGAGGUAAGAAAAUACAUGGAAGAAGAAGAAGAAGAAAGGUUGAUGCAGUGUGAAUCGAACCAAAACUAA